UUCAAAAUCAUUAAGAAAAAAUUAUAAAUUUUCCUCUCAAAACAAUUAUAACUUUAUCAUUUUCUCCCCCAUAAUUUACUGUCCCCAGACAAAGGGAAGCAGCAGAGCAGACGAAGAGUUGGACAGUUUUCUGCCCCUCUGAUAACUACUAGUUUCUCUCAUGUCUCGACCUACAUGGUUGGUGGAUAGUAACAGAAUUGCAACAAAAAUCAAGAGUGCCUCUGGGUCAAGUGAUCCACAAAGAGUAACAUGGAAAAGCAACCCAACUAGAGCUUGUCCAAAUUGCCAACAUAUUAUUGAUAACAGCGAUGUUGUUAAGGAGUGGCCAGGAUUACCUCGAGGUGUAAAAUUUGACCCAUCUGAUCCGGAGAUCAUAUGGCAUUUGCUGACAAAAGUUGAAGAAGAUUUAGAACCUCAUCCAUUCAUUGAUGAGUUCAUCCCAACUGUUAAAGAGGAUGAUGGAAUAUGUUAUACUCAUCCUCAGAAUUUGCCAGGAGUCAAGCAAGAUGGGAGUGUAUCCCACUUCUUCCACAGAGCAAUCAAGGCUUAUAAUACUGGGACACGAAAGCGUAGGAAGAUCCAUGGUGAUGUUUCUGGUGAUGUCCGCUGGCAUAAGACUGGAAGGACUAAACCAGUAGUUCUGGAUGGGGAGCAGAAAGGAUGCAAGAAAAUUAUGGUUCUCUAUAUGAGCUCUGCUAGAGGAGGAAAAGCUGAAAAAACUAAUUGGGUUAUGCACCAAUAUCACCUAGGAACACAGGAAGAUGAAAAGGAGGGGGAGUAUGUCAUUUCUAAAAUAUUUUAUCAGCAACAGCAACCAAAACAAAAUGAUAAAGGGGAGCUAGAUUUUCCAGUCACCGAUAAUACUACGAUUCCUAAAGUGGAUCCUGUCACCCCAAUGUCCGUGACUCCAGACCCUCCACGUGUGGAAAGGUGUUCUGAGUUUCUUUUGGAACAAGAGUCCACCGCCAUUGACGUGGAUAUUCCUGCACAGGCUGCUUCAUUUAAGCAUCCUGAGACAGAUUGCAUAGAGGAGGAGGUUCAACCUGACAGCGAAAGACCUAGCUAUACUAAUCAACUGAAUAGAGAAAAUCAAAUAAAUCAGAUGGCAAACGACAAUGAAGAUCGAACUGAUGAAGAACCCAAAUGGUGGGACAGUGAAUCACAAUACUUGUUGGAUUCACAGCAGCUGGUAGAAGGGCUGUCUCUGUGUGAUGAGUUUCUUCAGAGCCAGUCUCCAAACAGGGAAGAAAAUAUCAACGAAGGGGGAUUGAAGGGGAAACUGUGUCUUUCCGAUUAUGCUCAAUUAGGAGCAGAAGAUUUGAAAAAGGAUUUGGAGGAGUGUCAAAAUCUUGUCCUUGAUCCAGCAAAUAUAGAACUCGAUACACCACCUGAAUUCCAUCUGAGCCAACUUGAAUUUGGAUCACAAGAAAGCUUCAUUGCUUGGGGAGGGGGCAAGAUCAUCGAUUAAAAUGUUCAUCAUGGGUAAAUGUAAAUCUUGUGGCCACCUUUGUGAAAAUUUUGCUUGUUUUGUUUAUCUCUUGAUGAAUACGAACUUGUGAUAUAUUCUGCUUGGCCACUUAAACUGUAAUUAACCACCGUGAAGUUAUUCUUAUUCCAUCAGCUAAGGGAACUUCCACCACGAAGAAUUGUUGUUAUCUUUCUCAUGUUUUGGGAAUAUAAUGAAAAUAUGGUCUACCUCGCACUUGAAAACCUAGUGAGUAAAAUAUGCCCGGUAUUACUUUUGCUUCGUGUCUGGAAGCUGGGAUACUGUUGCUAGUCUCAAUUUGCUAUGUUUGAAUUCAGUUUGUUGCUAGUCUCAA